UGUGUUCGGUGGGUAAGGGGCGAACGAGCUCGGAGAAGUAAACCGCAAGUGGGCACCUCGGGUUGCGGGGCCGGUUCAUAGUCACUAAGGAGCUACUGUCUCGACCCCGGGGCCCUGCUCUCCCGCCCGAUUUAGACAGCCGUCUCUUGCCACCUCGCCAGGGCCCCGAGCGGCAGGAAAACUCGGAUUUACAGGGCGCCUCCUGCGGAAGCCUAGAAAUACCGGGUGCGCCGCGGGGCUCCGGUCUGACUUCGCAGUCAGGGGGCAGUUAGGUGCCCUCCCAGGUCUCAAGGGUGCGCCAGAUCCCGGACGUGGGCCAGGCGGGCGGACGCAGCCUUCUCCCGCGGCGACACGCGCCUAACUGGGCUCAGGCCGCCGCUCGGUGCGUUCCUGCGCUAAUGCCAUCUUGCCAGAGGCUGUCACGUGCGGACGACAGCAUCGCGCUUCGCCCCGGCCCGAACGCCAAAACCGACAUCGGGACGCCACCUGGUUCCCGGGGUUCCAUCCAACCCGAGCACUUUCAUUUGGACCUUGGAUGCCCAUUGAACAGAUGCCUGAGAACUGCAAGUAAUCUUCAGAUUGUAGCAGAACCAUAAGGCCUGUGCUCUUUGUGGGGAAGAAAUCGCCCAUGUGCUGUGGAAAUGAACGGGGAGCAGCAGAUUGAUGCAGCAUAUCUUUGGGAUAGAUUCCUAGAAGUGGAAUUGCUGGAUCAGAAGAUGCUGGAUCUAGUGUGGAAGAAGUGGAAUUAAGCUGGGAAGAUUAUCUAGAAGAGACAGGCUCCACAGCAGUGCCCUAUGGGUCUUUUAAACAUGUGGACACACGUUUGCAAAAUGGAUUUGCUCCUGGGAUGAAACUGGAAGUGGUUGUAAAGACAAAUCCUGAAGCCUACUGGGUUGCCACCAUCAUUACCACCUGUGAGCAGUUGCUCCUCCUCCGCUACGAUGGCUAUGGGGAAGACCGGAGAGCCGACUUUUGGUGUGACAUCAGGAAGGCUGACCUCUACCCCAUUGGGUGGUGUGAGCAGAAUAAGAAGACCCUUGAAGCUCCCGAAGGCAUCAGAGAUAAAGUGUCUGAUUGGAAUGAGUUUCUGCGGCAAACCCUGAUGGGAGCAUGUAGUCCUCCUGUUCCGCUGCUAGAGGGCCUCCGUAAUGGGAGGAAUCCUUUAGAUCUCAUUGCUCCAGGUUCCAGGCUGGAAUGUCAAGCUUUCCAGGACUCUUUAAGCACUUGGAUUGUUACUGUAGUAGACAAUAUUGGGGGAAGGCUGAAGCUGCGUUAUGAAGGACUUGAGAGUUCUGAUAAUUUUGAACUUUGGUUGUAUUACUUGGAUCCAUUUCUUCAUCACGUUGGUUGGGCUGCUCAACAGGGAUAUGAGCUUCAGCCCCCAUUAGCCAUCAAACAUCUGAAAAAUGAAGAUGAGUGGCAAGAGAUCUUGACCAAAGUAAAAGAGGAAGAGGAAGAGCCAUUACCAUCUUACUUAUUUAAGGACAAACCAGUGAUUGGGAUGCAUUCAUUCUCUGUAAAUAUGAAAUUGGAAGCAGUGGACCCCUGGUCUCCUUUUGGAAUCUGUCCUGCUACAGUUGUUAAGGUUUUUGAUGAGAAGUAUUUUCUGGUGGAAAUGGAUGAUUUGCGACCAGAGAAUCAUGCACAGAGAUCCUUCGUGUGUCAUGCCAAUAGUCCUGGUAUUUUCCCUGUGCAGUGGAGUCUGAAGAAUGGUUUACACAUCAGCCCCCCUCCUGGCUACCCGGGCCAGGACUUUGAUUGGGCCGACUACCUCAAACAGUGUGGUGCUGAAGCUGCUCCCCAGAGGUGCUUCCCUCCGUCAAUUUCUGAGCAUGAAUUUAAGGAGAACAUGAAGCUUGAGGCAGUGAACCCUCUUCUCCCUGAAGAAGUGUGCGUUGCCACCAUUACUGCAGUGAGAGGCUCCUACCUUUGGCUCCAGCUGGAGGGUUCUAAGAAGCCCAUACCUGAAUUUAUUGUGAAUGUGGAAUCCAUGGAUAUAUUUCCUUUGGGCUGGUGUGAAACCAAUGGUCAUCCCCUCAGCGCUCCUCGCCGAGCACGAGUACACAAACAGAGGAAAAUUGCUGUGGUUCAACCAGAAAAACAAAUACCAUCCUCAAGGGCUGUCCAUGAGGGUCUGAAGAAUCAGGAGCUGAAUUCCACAGACUCAGUUAUGGUUAAUGGAAAAUAUUGCUGUCCAAAGAUAUACUUCAACCAUCGUUGCUUCUCAGGGCCAUAUCUUAACAAAGGAAGAAUUGCUGAGCUGCCUCAAUGUGUGGGACCUGGGAACUGUGUCCUGGUCCUCAGAGAGGUCCUCACUUUACUUAUCAAUGCAGCCUAUAAACCCAGUCGUGUCCUUCGGGAGCUGCAGCUGGACAAAGACUCUGUGUGGCAUGGAUGUGGGGAAGUCCUAAAGGCCAAAUACAAAGGAAAAAGUUAUCGAGCUACUGUUGAGAUAGUGAAAACAGCAGAUCGGGUGACUGAAUUCUGCCGACAAACCUGUAUCAAACUGGAGUGCUGUCCUAAUCUCUUUGGUCCACGGAUGGUUCUGGAUAAGUGUUCUGAGAACUGCUCUGUACUUACAAAGACUAAAUAUACACACUACUAUGGAAAGAAGAAAAAUAAAAGAAUUGGGAGGCCACCUGGUGGGCAUAGUAACUUAGCAUGUGCACUGAAAAAAGCCAGUAAAAGGAGAAAGAGGCGGAAAAAUGUUUUUGUUCAUAAGAAGAAACGCUCCUCUACAUCUGUUGAUAAUACCCCAGCAGGCUCUCCACAGGGGAGUGGGGGUGAAGAUGAGGAUGACCCAGAUGAAGGGGACGAUGAUUCCCUAAGUGAGGGCAGUACAUCUGAGCAGCAGGAUGAACUCCAGGAAGAAUCAGAAAUGUCAGAAAAAAAGUCAUGCUCCUCCUCUCCCACCCAAAGUGAGAUAUCCACAUCGAUUCCUCCAGAUAGACAGAGAAGAAAAAGAGAGCUGCGCACUUUUUCAUUUUCUGAUGAUGAGAAUAAACCUCCUUCACCAAAGGAAAUAAGGAUUGAAGUUGCUGAAAGACUUCACCUGGACACUAACCCCCUGAAGUGGAGUGUGGCAGAUGUUGUGCGGUUCAUCAGAUCCACUGACUGUGCUCCAUUAGCAAGAAUAUUCCUAGACCAGGAAAUUGAUGGGCAGGCCCUGUUGCUCCUUACCCUUCCCACCGUUCAAGAGUGCAUGGACUUAAAAUUGGGCCCUGCCAUCAAACUUUGCCAUCACAUAGAGAGGAUCAAGUUUGCUUUUUAUGAACAGUUUGCCAACUGAGAAGGACAACCAAAGUAAGCUGUAUCUUUGAAGCACAAAUGCAGCAAAUCCUUUGCCCUGCUAUAGAAGUGGAGCUGAAAUAGUCCUGGGGCUCUGGGCCUUGCAGGUGUCGGCUUGCUCUCUUUGCACUUUCAGGGAAGGAGGAUCCACACAGAGGAAGCAAAAACUGCACAGAAGUGGCUCUAAUGCCAGUGAAAGUGUGGUCAUCUCUUGUUCAGCAAAUUGCAGUUUUUAAACAAUAAAAGUUGUGAAGAAAAGACUCAUGUAAGAAGAAUAAGCAUUUCCACUGGUAUAACCUGAAGAAGAAUGAUCUAGGCUGCUGGGAAGCACCCUUUUGGUUUUCCUUUUGUCCUUUCUGUUCCUUCCCAUUGUAGAUUGAACUUUGUUCUCUGCUUUCUCUUUUCUUGGAAAGAGAGGACAUAGCUUUAAGUCAGCACUGAUUGGACUGUGCCUGAGGCACAUCAGUGCUUCAUUGUCAUUGUGUUUUUAAGCUUUUUUAAAUUAAAAAAGUUCAUUUUGGGGAUGAUUAUGUGGCUCUGGGGUUUUGAAUGUACAGUCACACUUUGAUCCAUUUUAAAAUCUAUUCUUAGGAGUUCCUUUGUUUACUACCUCUGUUAAUAAUUGAGCUUAUAGCCAUGUCCAUGUAUGAGGGGUUUUGUUUUUUGUUUUGUGUGUGUGUGUGUGUGUGUGUUUUGUAUGAUGCUAUUUGGAAGCUACAUGAACACUAAAACUAUGACAGAAAUUGGAGGGAAAAAACUGUUUGCUUUCUUAGAAACAUUGUGUGGAACUUACACCAACCAUUUCCUUAAAUGAUCUGAUGUAAGAAAUCUAUGUCAUUGUUUUCCAUCUUGACCCAGGUUGGGCUACUAUUUCAAGUAGUAUCUCAAAGACUAUUGGUAUUUCAGUUGCAUUGCUCUCUCCUCGGUUCUCAAAGGGACUUCAGUGGCUUUUAUUUUGUGUUUACUUUUCUCUACAGUUGUUUUUCUGACGAAAAUUUCAUUUUGAAAGUCCUCACUUUGGAUAAAAGUCAGUAGGUGUCCCCUGGACCCCACAGUAAGGCCCAUUUCCCUUUUCUCAGUGUCUCCAGGCAGACUGUGUAGAAGCAGAGCAGAGAGAACAUGUUUUGGGGAGUGAUGCAGAGCUUCAGGUUUCUUUAACAGUGUGUCCUCAUUGGCGGGACAAAAAUCAAGAGGUGGUUAAGGAUUCCGGAAACAUCUUUGCUUAGUCACCUUCACACUUUUCUUUAGUUAAACCUUCAAAUUGAAUGUAUUCUACAGUCCAACUCCCACUCAACAACUUGAUUUUCUUUUUAGGUGUUUCUUUUGACUCAACUCAAGUUGACAUUAAUCUACAGGCAAAUUUUCACUUAUGAUUGCGCUGCUAGCUAUUGUAGAAUAAUAGCUUUUGCUGCACUGUUCCAGCCAAGAGGAAUGAGGAAAGAUACAUACAUAGAUUGCUUCCUUUAAAUGGUUUGCUUUGCUGAGUGUUGUUUUUUAAAAUUAUCCUAUUCACCUGCAAAUUUAUAACCUAAUCAUUCCUCUUCAAGAUUUGAAAAUGUUUUAAAAUUACAAACUGGGUAAAUUUUCAACAACUAUACAAAUAUAAGGUUAUUUAUUACAAUUUAAAUUGAUUGUGAUUUUUUUCCUUUUCUUCCCUCCCACCUGUUUUUUUGUUUUGUUUUUUGUCUUUUUGGGGCCUCACCCAAGACAUAUGGAGGUUCCCAGGCUAGGGGUCUAAUGGAAGCUGUGGCCACCGGGCUACACUAGCUCACGGCAACAUCAGAUCCUUAACCCACUGAGCAAGGCCAGGAAUCGAACCUACAACCUCAUGGCUCCUAGUUGGUUCGUUUCUGAUGUGCCACGACGGGAACUCCCUUCCUCUACCUGUUUUUAUGGACCUUGACAAACAUUCUGUAAUCUGAAUCUUCUCUUCAUUGGAUAGUUUAUGAACCACCUUAAGCCCUCCAACCAAACCAUAUAUUAAAGCAUCAACUCUUUGCUUAGAUUGCUCUCAGAUAUACCUGGAAAAAGGCCUCAUUUAAGUAAAAGUUAAUACAUUUGAACUUAUCAGAGAUCCAGUUUUUAAUUUUGAUUGAUUCUUUGCCUAUGGAAGAGAAGCAUAUAUAAAAUGCUUUAGAACAAUUAGCCUUGAGUAGGUAGAGUUUAGGGGGUGGGUAUCUUGCAUAAUGAAGUUUCUUGAAAGCUCAGCAGUCAAGGCACUAAGGCAAAGAGUUCCUUGAAGAAGAUCAUUGAAACCAGAAAAAGUCUGGAAUUAAUUAACAUUGUUGUAUUAUUUAGGAAAAUGCUAUUUAUUUUCUUUAAGAAUGAAUUUACCAAAUGUAACAAUGAAUAUGUUAUACUGUCUCUUUCUUGACUUCUUCAGAAACCAUAGAACUAAGGACACCUCCCUUCACAGGUGAGAGGAGCAGAGCCCCUGAAAUGUGAAACACAUGGCCCUAAGUAGUAGUCUUUGAUUAGGUAAAGUUGGCCCUGGCCAGCAUGUCUGUUCACACCAUAGUUGUUCAAGCUCAGCUUUCUCCUAGAGAGAAGCUGACUCUAAAUUGGACAAAUAGGGUUUCUCUUAGUAUUUCUUGCAUUCUAAUACUAAGAUAAUUGUUUAUCAGGCAACUACAUUAAAGAGGUAUUAAAUUGGUAUCCCCCAACUCCUACUCCUAGAUAUUACAUACUUGAGGAUAAUUUUUUGGAAAUUUGGCAUUAAACGGUUUUUUUAAUUAAGUUUGAUAUUUAAAUUCCAUUUUCCUCAUAAUGUUGUGGAACUGGAUAGCUGUGACAGUCUGAUUCCUAUGAUUCUAAAACAAAUUUUAAGCCUGAUAAAGCUCACCAUGUUGGGGUAAAAUGUUUUUAUAUUGCGCAUAGGAACAUGAACUUUGGUUUUUGGGGGGUUUUUUUGUCUUUUUUUUAGGGCACCCAUGGCAUGUGGAAGUUCCUAGGCUAGGGGUCAAAUUGGAGCUAUAGCUGCUGGCCUACGUAACAGCCACAGCAAUGUUGGAUCCAAGCUGCAUCUGUGACCUACACCACAACCCAUGGCAACGCCAGAUCCUUAACACACUGAGCAAGGCCAGGGAUGAACCCGCAUCCUCAUGGAUACUAGUCAGGUUCAUUAACCACUGAGCCACGACGGGAACUCCUGAACUUUGUUUUUUAAAGAUAUCAAACUCUAAAUUUAUGACAGGUACAUUGUGAGGGAUAGCAUUUGUCUAAAUUUCACCUUCAGCUGGCCCCAUAACCUCCCUAAGAUCAGACAGUUUUCCAUGAUCCAUUUCUGAUCCUGAAUUGACAGACUUGGAAUAAGUGAAUGGAUUAUAUCAUCCUCCUGAACCUGGAAGUUCACUGGCCAAUAUAAGCCUAUUACUAUACUAUUAAUGUAUUAAGGAAACCUUUCACUGCACGUGAAGAUUUGCUAUGACAUUUUGACUAUAUUUUGUGGGCUUCUGGGAAAUCUGCUCUUUUCCUUUGUAAACGACCUUCAUCCCUCUCAGCUGAAGCAGAAUUGAGUGGCUAAUGCAGGGAAUGCAUCAAUGAGGGCUUUCAUCUUACGUAUUUGCCUUUCUUUAGUGGUGUAGGUGGCCCCCAGCAUCUACAUUAUAGAUAUAUGAGGUCAGGGAAGGAGAGUUACCAACCUCUGGAGAGAUGGGAUUCUUGGGUAGUUAUUUAUUGAAUUAUAAUAGAGGCAGACAUAGAAAACCAGUCCAUAGCUUGGCCUUUAUAUGCUUCUUCUCAUGAAGUAAAAUUAUUCUGUGAGAGAGAGGGCAUUGGGCCAAAGCUUCCUGAGGAUUCAAUUAUAUUUUACUUGUACUCUUGUACCAAUUCAGUCACUGAUAUGGUAUGUGAAUACAGAAUAAAAACUUUAGGAGGCCUUAGGUUGGAUAGGACUCAGAACCAUCCCCCUUCCUCAAGCCAAAAAGUAUUUCUGGGGGCACACAGGACAUCAGGGAAUUGUAGGUAAGAUUUACCUAAAUAGGGACAUGAGGCAAACUAUCAUAUACCUACUUGGCACCUAUCACCAAAGGCUUUCAUUUAGGAUAGCAUGUGCUAAUUUAAUUGAUGCCCAAAGAUGCUCUCAGAGAGUUGUUAGGAGCAUAGUCUCGACAGUGGAAACACACAAAAGGCUUGAAUUCUGGUCCUGUAUUGUGUGUGUGUGUGUGUGUGUGUGUGUGUGUGUGUGUGUGUGUGUGUGUGUGUGUGUGUGUGUUUAUAAAUUCGAAAGUGUGUGUGUUUAUAAAUUCAAAAGUGUGUGUGUGUGUGUUUAUAAAUUCAAAAGUGUUCCAUGUUAUUAGUUGGCCUUUUGAAGGUGAUGGAGAAGGCAGAUGAAACAAAUUAAGUAUCAGUGGGAACUGGGUAUCCCCUUUAAAAAUUUGAAUGUCUGUGGUCCUGGGUCCACUGUAAAUAACCAUGUGUUAUGGUCAUGGUGCUGGCUCAGAAACCCUAUAGGAUAGAGCCUCGUGCAAAGCCAAAAAGAAAUCAGUCACUUUCACAGAAGUGUAAUUGUUUCUUGACUUUAUUCACUUUAUAAUGUUUUGCUAGUGAAUUUUGAUGAUUCCUUCCCAUUAUGUGAGACUGUGCAUACUUUGGAAAUUUGAAUUUCUCUACAUAAGCCACCAGUGGACUUACAGUUUGGGCAGAAGAGUUCUAAACUCCAAGCUCAAUACAAAGAGGUCUGCUUCUAAACCUGCUCAACUGGGGUUUCCUCUGUACUCAUUCCAGAUUGCACAGGUGGUUCUGUUUCUGAGGACAGCGUUAGGGAUAAAAGUAUAGAAGGUGGUGGAGCAUAAGUGCACUGGAGAUUGGUUUUUUUUUGGUUCUAGUGUUUCAGAAGUCUUAGAUUUUCACAAGAACCAGCAAAACAAAGAGUGGAGGUUGGGGAAAAUGGAAAAGUAGGCCUAAAACUCUGUUCUCAUAUCUUUUCUGACUUGACACACCAUUUGAGUCUUAGUGCCAUGGCCUAUCACAAAAGACUGUCUUUAGAGGGAAAUAAGCCCCAGCCUUGGCAGACACAUCUUUAACACCAGCAGUAAAGUGCAGACCUGUAACCCUGAGAAGCAAGGGUCUCCGACUAUUUCUGAAGUCAAAGGAUGAUACUAGCCAGUCAAAUGAAGCUACCAUUACUAGUAGGGGUGCCUAUUCUGAGGAUGUGUGGAAACUCAGUCUUAAGGGUUUCUACAUGUUUUAAUUAAUCUAACUGCAUGCCUAGCUUAUUAGCAGAAUGGAUGUGGGCAAAUAGUGUUAAAAGGAUAAGGGUAGGUUUUGGGGAUUAAUCAAGUCACAAAACAGAUGAUUGAGGGAGGUUACAAAGUUUAGACAAAAUUAAAACUAGACAGUUCCUUAGCUCCUUUUGCAAGAAGUCUCUGGGGAAGUAUAGUUUGAAUGUUUCUCUUAGAGAUUUUUAAGUGCUCAGUUCUUUUCCUUUUCACUUUUUUUUUUUUUUUAAUAGUAUCUAAAGACAAUCAGAGGCCUGCCAGAGUGGGACUUCUGGCUGGUUCCAGCACUGUCCUUAGGCCUCUUUCUCUAACUUGUUGGAACCGAUGUACUUUGUUUCAUGUAUAUUGUCCUUAUUUUUUUUUUUUUAAAGCUGCAUAUUUGGAACAAAAUGAAAUGCAUAUUGCAUUGUAUCCUUCCUGACUGCUGUUUUUCUCUUAAUUUUAAAAGUUAUGCACUGAGGAUAAAGUAUACUUAAGGAGAAAUAUGCACAAAAAUACUUAUUAAAUAAUUCCCAUCAAGUUUGAUGGUAUAACUUCAAGGGAUUAAAAAAUGACUAUUUUGAAUGAA